AGCUCUAGCUAGUCUACACUAGUUCAUCAGUAGAUCGAUCGUCUAGCGAAAUGGUGUUGUGGCUGUGCGGCUCGCUCUGGAUGGGCGUCGCCGCAAUUGCAGUAGUCGACGCGAGCAACAGUGACAGCUCCAGCGGAUCCGGUGGAUCCACAGCCACAGAUCGCAGCCUCGUCAAGCUCGAGACCCGUUCAGGGUCUCGGCCGUGGGUAGACCCCGACACACCAGAGGACGUUCGGACGUAUGUGACGUCGCGCGGAGAUACGUGGGAGCUUAUCAUGAGCGACGAGUUCGGUGACGUGAACCGCAACUUCACGGCUGGAGCUGAUCACCUGUGGACGUCGUUGGAGAUGCCAGACGGUACCAACGAUGCCUUGCAGCUCUACUCACAUGAUAUGACAUCGGUGGUAUGCGACGACGACGAGGAAGGACUGUGUUACCUACAGAUCAAGUCCAUCGAUGAGGUCAACAACAUUACAGUCUGGAAUAAUUAUCUGCGUCCUCCAGGAUACCAAAACUCCACUUUCUACUACCGAUCGGGUAUGUUGCAGACUUGGAACAAGUUCUGCUUCCAAGGAGGCAUGCUGGAGGUGCGUGCCAAGCUCCCCGCUGUGCUGAGCGAGGACAGCAAUAAUACAGACAUUGGCAAGGGCAACAACGCGCGUGCAGAACAGACACAGUACUACCCGACGUGGCCGGGUAUUUGGUUAAUGGGUAACCUCGGUCGUGCGCUGUUCUCCUCGUCGACGGCCCGCAUGUGGCCAUUCUCGUACAACGAAUGCAACGAGACGGUCUUUAACUCCAGCAACCAGCGCAUCAGUGCGUGUGAUUCCGAUCCAGGUCACGGUUUGAACCCGAACCAAGGUCGCGGUGCUGUUGAGAUCGAUCUACUGGAAGGCGGUGGUGUGGCCAUUUCGUCAUCCAUCCAAAUCGCCCCAGGAAUGCCCUCAGAUUACCGUCGUGCUGCUAUCAACGAAAGUCUCGGUGACUGGAGCUACUGUAUGUACAGCCAGGGGUGUGCUACCAUUGGCGCUAACUUACCAGGCGUACCCACCGAAUACUACGAGGAGCGUGGCCAUCGGAGCUGGUAUCAGGGUCUGCGGUAUGGCUCCAAUAACUAUUGUAUCGUGGAUGGGAACGACACGCAGUCGUAUUCUCUCGUAGCGGCGGGCAUGGAAAACAUCACAGCGAAUACGUGCAGUCUGCUCUAUUGCCCAGCAUCAAACGACGUGCAUGGAGACAUGGGCUAUAUCGACGGUGACAGAACGCUGGGCCACUGGAACAUCAACUCGAACGGCACGUGUUUUCCGGAGAUGAACGGCUACCAGGGUGUGUUUCUGUGUGACCCAGACAACCAGGACAGUCGCUGUUCAGCGCCACGCAAUGACUCGACCCCAAAGACCAACACCAUGGAGCCGUACAAUUAUCAGAUGGAUGCUCUGUCCGCUAACUGGGGCAUCCACAUGGGCGUCUACUACGACUACGUCGCGUACCAGCUCGAGUGGGUCACCGGCGACAACGGGUACUUACGCUGGAUGAUCGGUGGUCACCCUAUCUUCGAGAUACCGGCCAAGUCUGUGGUCAACACGCCGCAAGGUGGAAACAAGUCCAACCCACGACUCACUUUUCCCGAGGAGCCCUCGUAUAUUAUCCUCAACGUCGCGCUAUCAGCAGCAUGGGGGACGUAUCCGCCCAACCCUGGCAAACCGUGUCGCGGUGACGGCAAAGACCCGGAAGCCAACUUCAUCUGCGACUCGUUCCCGUUGUACAUGAAGAUCGACUACGUGCGUGUGUACCAAGACGCGUCCAAAAGCUCCACGAUGGCGCACGAGUGCGAUCCAGCGUCACACCCGACACGGCAAUGGAUCCUCGACCACGAAACAGACUACGUUGACGGGAAUAACAAGCUCGUCGAGAUGCACGGAGGUGCUCCAUGUCGAGACAACAACGACUGUAACAUUCCUUUCAGUGUGCUCUACACUUUUCACACAGGCAUCUGCAACGCUGACACGGGCCGUUGUGAAUGUAUCAACGAGUUCUGGGGAGGUCCACGUUGCACGUUCCAGUUGGGAGCAACGACAGCUAACGGCGAAGAUGCCUCCGAGGUGACGUUCGGGCCACCACUCUACGCUGCCUUCAUCGUGCUGGGUAUCGUUUUAUUCCUCACGUUUGUGGUCUUCGUCGUCGUGACCAUCCGUCGGCGCAGGCAGAUGAGGAAAGACGCUGAAAAGACCAAGGAGUUUGGCAACAUGACGUAUGUGGUGAGUGGCAUGAAGAACGCCAAGAGCAUGGCCUCCUUCAAUGAAAUGGCAGUAACCACUCCUAAUGAUAAUGACGACGGCUCGCCCGAGACGAGGAGCUCCAUAGUGAGUGGGCCGUACCACCGAUUCCGUUAAAGAAAUAUAAGGUCGUUUGCACUGAAUUGCUGGUCUCAACUUU